UGCUGCCCAUUGUGAGGAUGGUGACACAUAUUCAACCCCCGUCAAGGCACUCAACAUUUCCAGCAGGGAUCCUAGUAAGAAACAUGUAAAGAGAAGAAUUAGAAAGCAAAUGAAUCCCUGUGAAAGAUGCGAGCAUAUGCACUACAAGCAUCCUGAAAAGCAGCCCAGGUCAUUUUGUGCUAAGGCCAAUGGGUUCAGCAGGAAUGAUCCCAGUUCAUCGUCAGAUGAAGAUCACUGGGCUCAAAUCCAAAGGAGAAGUUCAGAGAGGGCGAGGGCUUUCAGGAAAGGAAGGAGAAAGAUCAAAGCCCGCAAAGAACACGAGAAGACAUCAGAUGCAGCUCUGUGGUCUGUGGACUCUGAAAAUGAUCUGGGUGAGAUGAGGACUGGCCCAGUUCUCACCCGGUGCAAUCAGGCAAUCCUCCGGGAAAGGGAUAGGAUGCUCCACAACAAGGACGUAUGGUUUUCAUCAUCUCCGAUAUCUUCCAUGGAUGGAAAAUGGUCCUCACGGAAAUGUAUGCAAAAGAAGAUAUCAAUGGAAGAGGGCUCUGUGAAUUCCUCUGCUGUUGAAGAUGAUUAUGCCAAGAAAAUAUCCAGAGAGACAAGUGCCGAUGCAUUACCGCUGCACAUUGCUGGAACAGCUAUCAAUUCUGAGCCCUGUGGCUGCACUAGUCCGACCCAGCCUCAAAAUGCAAAUGACUGGCCGGAUGAUGGGGAAGUCUGCAGGUUUGUCUAUAACCACUACUGAAAACCAAUUAUAUUAGUAUUUACACCACUUAUCACUCGAUGUUGCAAGCAUGUUCAAACUGGUCUUUUCAUCCCCACAUUAAUCUCCUUCCUUUGUAGAAUGCUAAACGGUUGCUCAACCUAUUGUUGAUUGAGAAUUCAAUGAUUUCCACAUGAGCAAAUAAGAUGACACAAAGUUUAGAGAUUUUCUGUUGUUCCUUUAAUUGAUCCUGGAUUAAAUGAUGUCAAUGCAUUCAAAUUGUUGUCGAAGUCAAAUUGUAGAGGAUAAUGAGUUUUAACACUGUAGUUACUAACUGGAAUAAUAUUACCAAUGUUGCAUUUUAGCUUUUUGUGGAAUACCAUCAAUAGAAGCCAAUGCCCAGAAAAUGUUCUAUUUUGCAUUGUGAUAUUAAGACUGCUAUGCAGGUAAAACAUACUAGAAAAUAGCUCGGUGCUCUUUGUUUCCAUCCAUAUAUUGUUGAUCAAGUUGUGACAUCAGUCAUGCUCUUGCGAGAUGGGGAACAACAGGAAGCUUUUGCACUUGCUGUUCUAGAUUUAUUUUACUCCAAACCUUAUUCAGUUCAGGUUUAGGCUUAUUAUUAUUAUUAUGUGUAUUGAGGUACAGUGAAAAGCUUUUGUUUGUAUCCAAUCAAAUCUAAUAAUGCUAUAAAGGAAUACAAUCAAGCCAAUCUCAGGUACUAAAGGUAGACCAAAGAAAAAGAUACCAGAGUGCACUAUAUAGUUUAGGAAGGAACUGCAGACACUAGUUUAAACCAAAGAUAGCCACAAAAUGCUGGAGUAACUCAGCGGGAUAGGCAGCAAUAGCAAUUCGUGCUAUUGAGGGAGUGCAGCGUAGGUUUACAAGGUUAAUUCCCGGGAUGGCGGGACUGUCAUAUGCUGAGAGAAUGGAGCGGCUGGGCUUGUACAUUCUGGAGUUUAGAAGGAUGAGAGGGUAUCUCAUUGAAACACAUAAGAUUGUUAAGGGUUUGGACACGCUAGAGGCAGGAAAAAUGUUCCCGAUGUUGGGGGAGUCCAGAACCAGGGGCCACAGUUUAAGAAUAAGGGGUAAGCCAUUUAGAACGGAGACAAGGAAACACUUUUUCUCACAGAGUUGUGAGUCUGUGGAAUUCUCUGCCUCAGAGGGCGGUGGAGGCCGGUUCACUUGAUACUUUCAAGAGAGAGCUAGAUAGGGCUCUUAAAGAUUGGGGAUAUGGGGAGAAGGCAGGAACGGGGUACUGAUUGGGGAUGAUCAGCCAUGAUUGCAUUGAAUGGCGGUGCUGGCUCGAAGAGCCGAAUGGCCUAUUCCUGUACCUAUUGUCUGUUGUCUAUUGCAUCUCUGGAGAAAAGGAAUGGGUGACAUUUCGGGUCACCCAUUCCUUCUCUACUGAGAUGAUGCCUGUCCCGCUGAAUUACUCCAGCAUUUUGUGUCUAUCUGCAAUAUAUAGAUUCUCAAUUGAGACAAAAAGUCUAAUGACCCCAAUGAGAUAGGUUGGAAAAUUAGGAGUGAAACCUAGCUUUAUAUUGUUCUAUACGCAUACUACAUUUCUCACCAUCAAUUAUAU